UGGAGUAUAUAGCAAUAUGACAGUUUCUGACAAAAUUCGUCAACAAUUAGCCAUUAAUAAACCCAGUUCACCUGUGCCCCAUACUUUCCUGUACAUUCAGACGGAGUUAUGUAAAGCUGAAACUUUGAAAGACUGGUUGGCCAAAACAAAAAAUCGUCUUCCUUAUGAAAUAUUGAAAAUUCUGAAAGAGAUUACUUCUGCACUAGCAUACAUUCAUAAAAUGAAAUACAUUCAUAGAGACCUUAAACCAGCAAAUAUAUUCUUUGCUGCACUUGACAACUCUGUCAAGCUAGGUGACUUCGGUUUGGCAAAGAUAAUGGCAGAUGAUCAUGUGUGAAGUUUGGAUGCAGGAAUGGUGGCUAAAAGUCUUACUGCAGGAAUUGGCACAUUUUUUUAUAUGAGUCCAGAACAGAGAGGCAAAAAUUAUACCAACAAAGUGGACAUAUUUGCUCUUGGGGUGAUUGUUUUUGAGAUGUUCCACAGUUUUGACUCGGGAUCAGAGAGAGUAAAAAUGCUUGAGGCAGCAAGGAGGCUCGACUUUCCUGAACAGUUUCAGGUCAACCAUGCACAAUGGUGCCAAACAGUACACCAGAUGCUCUCUGCAAAACCUGAUGAACGUCCCAGUGCCCAACAACUCCUUGAAAGUGAUCUUCUGAGAUCUUUUGAAAGUGUAAGGUUAUGA